CGCUGCCGUAAAGCGGCGCCGUAAAGCGUCCGGCUGGAGGCGGCGCACUAAAGAUGGCGGCGGCUGGGCCCGCAGCCGGUGGCGGAGGAGAAGCCGGUGGCCGCGGGGCCCGCGCCUGAGCGACGGCCGGGAGCUGCCGGGAGCCGGCUGCCAGCGAACCUCCAGCCCCGGCCUCGCUGCCCGCGGCACCGUCGCCGCCGCGCAGGGGGAGUGCUCUGGAAAACGCCAUGUCGGAUAAAGGGAGCAGCAUGGAGGGGAAGACGGACAUAGUGAAUGGCAGCUUGUCCAGCAGCCCAGAGGAGAUGUCAGCCGAGGAGGGCCGAGAAACCUCCUCCGGCAUCGAGGUGGAGGCCUCCGACCUCAGCCUGAGCCUCACGGGGGACGACGUGGGGCCCAACCGCACCAGCACGGAGAGCCGGGAUACGGACACGGAGAGCUCGGGGGAAGAGAAGGACUCUGACAGCAUGGACGACACGGGCCACUACUCCAUAAACGAGGAGAACCGGGCCCUCGACCGGUCGCAUUCAGAGGAGGAAGAGGAGGAGGAGGAAGAGGAGGAGCAGCGGUCCCACCGCCGUGCCCAGCGCAAGCGUGCCAACCACGACCAAGACUCCUCGGACGACGAGCAGGCCCUGGAGGACUGGGUGUCCUCGGAGACCACGGCGCUGCCCCAGCCCCGCUGGCAGGCGGUCCAUGCCCUCCGGGAAAGGGAGCUGGGCUCCAGCUCCCGCUUCGUCUACGAGGCCUGCGGGGCCAGGGUCUUUGUGCAACGCUUCCGCCUCCAGCACGGCCUGGAGGGACACACGGGCUGCGUCAACACCCUGCACUUUAACCAGCGCGGCACGUGGCUGGCCAGCGGCAGCGACGACCUCAAAGUGGUGGUGUGGGACUGGGUCAGGAGGCAGCCAGUGCUGGAGUUCGAGAGCGGCCACAAAAGCAACGUCUUCCAGGCCAAGUUCCUCCCCAACAGCGGCGACUCCACGCUGGCCAUGUGUGCUCGGGACGGCCAGGUCCGGGUGGCCGAGCUCUCCGCCACCCAAUGCUGCAAAAAUACCAAGCGCGUGGCACAGCACAAAGGAGCUUCGCACAAGCUGGCCCUAGAACCGGAUUCUCCAUGCACUUUCCUAUCGGCAGGUGAAGAUGCUGUAGUCUUCACCAUUGAUCUGAGACAAGACCGGCCCGCCUCGAAACUGGUUGUGACAAAAGAAAAGGAGAAGAAGGUGGGUCUGUACACCAUCUACGUGAACCCAGCCAACACCUACCAGUUUGCUGUGGGAGGCAGAGAUCAGUUUGUCAGGAUUUACGACCAGCGGAAAAUAGAUGAGAAUGAGAACAACGGCGUGCUAAAGAAGUUCUGCCCUCACCACUUGGUGAACAGCGAGUCCAAAGCCAACAUCACCUGCCUGGUCUACAGCCACGACGGCUCGGAGCUGUUGGCCAGCUACAACGAUGAAGACAUUUAUCUCUUCAACUCCUCGCACAGCGACGGAGCGGAGUACAUCAAGAGAUACAAGGGACAUCGCAAUAAUGCCACCGUGAAAGGCGUCAAUUUUUACGGCCCCAAAAGCGAGUUUGUGGUGAGCGGCAGCGAUUGCGGCCACAUCUUCCUGUGGGAGAAAUCGUCCUGCCAGAUCGUGCAGUUCAUGGAGGGCGACAAGGGAGGAGUGGUGAACUGCCUGGAACCCCAUCCCCACCUCCCCGUCCUGGCCACCAGCGGCCUCGACCACGACGUCAAGAUUUGGGCGCCCACGGCGGAGAAUCCCACCGAGCUGGCCGGCCUCAAGGAGGUGAUCAAGAAGAACAAGCUGGAGCGGGACGAGGACAGCCUCCACCACACCGACAUGUUCGACAGCCACAUGCUCUGGUUCCUCAUGCACCACCUGCGACAGAGGCGCCAUCACCGGCGCCGAAGAGAGCCGGGAGCGCCGGACGGCGACUCGGAUGAGUCUCCCAGUUCCUCCGACACCUCGGACGACGAGGAAGAGGGGCCGGAUCGGGUGCAGUGCAUGCCCUCCUGAGCCCCCCCCCCCCCGCCUCCCCACGACAGCCCCCAGCCGAGUCGGGGGGGGCAAGGGGGGGGGGGCUCCGGGCACGCGGCGUCCCUACUAACACUUUGAGCUUUGUAUUGACUUGUUAAGGACCCCCCCCCAGCCCCCUUCCCUCCCUCCUCAUCCUCGCAGCCCCCCCCCCUCCACACCGAGGUCCCGGAGGUCCCUCCCCAGGACCCACGCAGAGCUGGGG